AUGCAACCACCUCCACACUACCGUCCAAAACUGCGACAUGGAGUACUACAUAAGCUGUGGCAUGGUUGCACUCUAUCGCACACUCGAAUCGUCUCCCAUUGUUGAGCAAGCAAAGGUCUUUGUUCUUCUUGAGCUCAGCUCAGCUCAUCAGCUUCCAUCCAUGGGUGUCUUCAGCUCGGCUCCCAAGGUGUACAAGCCGGCGUCGGAGGUCAAUCUCGGCGCCGACAGCAACGAGUUCUACAUCAGCCCCAACGUCAAAGCUCCACGGGUUGCUGGGCUUCUGGUGAAGAUAUUCGCAUGGGUUCUUGAGGCGCCGAUCAUCGGCUCAAUCGUGCUCUACAUCCUCAAGAGAGACAAUCUUGUCAACAAGCUUGUCUCGGAUGCCGAAAUCCCGGAGCCACCACUGUUCACUGCAGCUCACACCUGGCAAGACAUCCCUGAGCAGAAUGUGAGCCUGACGAAGCCAGACAUGUCGCCGGCAGAGCGCGUUCAGGAGGCCGUCGUCUGCCUCCCGGCUCGCCUCGAAUCGGUGCUCGCUGACCCGCCAUCGCCGGGGUUCAGGCGCUGGACAAUCCGGGACUUCACCAGUGCCUACAUCUCAGGAGAGAUCACUCCUGUCAUGGUUGCGAGGAGAUUUCUCGCUGCAGUGAAGGAGUGUUCAGGCCCUGAUCUGAACAUGGCCUUGUUCAUCAGCUGCAAUCCUCAGGACGUCAUCAGACAGGCCGAGGCAUCCACCCUCAGAUACCAGCAAGGAGCUCCUCUCUCUGCCAUGGAUGGCGUCCUGGUGGCCGUCAAAGACGAGAUCGACUGCCUGCCAUACCCAACAACAGGAGGAACGAGAUGGCUGCAGAGGAUGCGGCCGUGCGUGCAGGACGCGGCGGUGGUGGCGCAGCUGCGGGCGUGCGGCGCGGUGCUCGCCGGCAAGACCAACAUGCACGAGCUCGGCGCCGGCACCAGCGGCAUCAACCCGCACCAUGGAUCGACGAGGAAUCCGUACAACACCGGCAAGGUGGCCGGCGGCUCGUCGGGCGGGUCCGCCGCCGUCGUCUGCGCCGGCCUCUGCCCCGUCGCACUUGGAGCCGACGGAGGCGGAUCUGUUCGCAUGCCAGCCGCGCUCUGCGGUGUGGUGGGCUUGAAGCCGACGGCAGGGCGUUUCUCCAAGGAUGGGCUUCUUCCUCUUAACUGGACCGUCGGGAUGCCAGGGAUCUUAGCCGCGACAGUGGAGGAUGCGCUUAUCGCCUAUGCAGCUAUUGCUGAUCAGUCCCAACCAAGCCACUUGCAGCCUGAACUGAAUCUUCCCCUGCUGAAAGCUGCAAGCUCGAUGCCUACCAUCAGACUAGCAAGAUAUGCAAAGUGGUUCAAUGACUGUUCUGAAGACAUCAGAAGUUGCUGCUACAAAGCUGUCCAUACGCUGCGGACUCGAUACGGUUGGGAGACUGCUGAUGUGACAAUUCCUGAAAUUGAGGAGAUGCGGCUCGCGCAUUACGUGACAAUGGGUUCAGAAUGCACCGCCUCCUUCGAUAAGUAUCUGAAGAAGCUGAGCAAGUCUGAGAUUGGUUGGGAUGUGAGGAUCGCGCUGAGCGCCUACGGGUCGUUCAGCAGCAGAGCUUACCUGAACUCGCAACGAAUCCGGAACCGUCAGAUGUACUUCCACGACAAGAUCUUUGAGACAUUCGACGUGAUCGUCACACCAAUGACAGGAGUGACAGCGCACGAAUUGCAGGACAACGCGGGGCACACCGGAGAGCUGGACUACAUAAACGGAGCUGCGCUGGUGAGGUACUCGAUCGCCGGGAACUUCCUGGGGUUGCCGGCGAUCACCGUGAAGGUUGGGUACGACAGGGAAGGGCUCCCCGUCGGGCUGCAGUUCAUCGGGAGGCCGUGGUCGGAGGCCACGCUGCUGCACCUCGCCUACGCCAUGCAGGAGGCGUGCGGCAAGAACUACAGGAAGCCCAUGGUGUACUACGAUCUCCUCAACAAGAACAAAUACUAGUUUCAGUUUCAAAAGAACAAAUAGUAGCUAUAUAUGUUGUGAGAGUUGAGUGACAGUUUGAUUCUGAGAGAUUUGGACUGGGGAGAAAUUUAUCAUCGAUCAUUCUUACCAUCCCAAAUACAGAAUGUGAUGGACAUUAUUAUUGUAAUUGUUGUUAUGUUUGUUGUUGUUGCUGCUGCUUGACAUAAGCAUGCAUGUAAGUCAUAUGCAUGUCGCUGUAUAUGUUUACUAUUAUUGAAUGUGCCUACUGAUUUACUAAAUAUGAUAUUUCAUUUCUUUUA